UUCAAUGGCAUCUCAGAUAAACAAGACAAUGUUGUGGAUGCUGCUUGUUUUCUUGCUGGUAUCAAACAUGCAACAACGUUGUUUUGCAGCAAAAGGAAAGCAUCAAAAAGUACCUUGUUUCUUCAUUUUCGGGGACUCUUUGUCGGAUGAUGGGAACAACAACAAUCUUGUGACUUUGGCAAAAGCCAAUUAUACUCCCUAUGGGAUUGAUUUCCCCAAGGGGCCUACGGGAAGGUUUACCAACGGUCGUAAUAUCGUCGAUUUCAUUGCUGAAUCUCUGGAAUUCGUCAAUUUCAUUCCACCUUUUGCUACUGCCAGAGGCAGGGAAAUACUCAAAGGUGUCAAUUAUGCAUCUGGCGGUGCAGGAAUUCGCAACGAAACUGGACAAACCCAGGGUGAUCGGAUAAGCAUGGAUAGGCAGUUGAAAAAUCACCAGAUUACGGUGUCGAAGAUCAAGUUGGGAAAUCAUAACAAAUCAACUGCAGAGUACCUAAGCAAGUGCAUAUAUGUUGUUGCAAUUGGUAGCAAUGACUAUCUUAAUAACUACUUCUUGCCGCAGUACUACCCAACUAGCACCAUUUACACCCCACAGCAAUACGCUGUCGUUCUCAAUGACCAAUUAUCUCAGCAAUUAACGGUUAGCACGUUUUCUUUCAUACUUUUUGCAGCUCGUUUUAACUCUUAA